CAUCAAGCUUCUGUAAAAAGAGGCCGCAAAAAAAAAACCAAAUUCCAACUCUAAACCAAAAAAGAAGAUUUCUCUAUCUGUUUGUGUUUCUCUAUGCAUGUUUCUACUGUUAUUAUCACUUAUUGCCAUCCUUUGUUAAGUGAUUACGCGAUUUUUAAGUUUAAAUAUAUGUUUAUCCUCUGUUUUGUUAAUACAAAAUAAAGAGAAACCUGAUUCUCUUUGUUUCGAGAAACCAGAGGCACAGUAAAGAUGGCAAGAUAUCGUUUCAUUCGUCAGCUCAUUAGAUUGGCGUUUUGAUUGUUGCUUGUCCACAAGUUCCUUUUAAAUUUAUAUUUGUUUUAUAAAUUUACGAGUGUGCAGAUGAUGAUUAAAAAUUCUUCACUUUGAACCUACUGGUGUGAUUGAUUUGCUUCAAUCAUCCCCUGAGGAUCAUUUAUUGUUGUCUGAUGAUGCACUCUUCGAAUACAUGGAAUUAUCGGAAUAAGUGCAUUGCACAGGUUAUAAGCUAGUUUCUGAUAUUUUAGCGUAGGCUCUAUACAUAGAGUCAACAGCAGGCGUUUAUUUGGUAACGGUCUGACUGCCGCUUGGAGCCUAGAUUAAUAUACCGGCUUAAGACCCAUUGAAUAUUUUUGUUGUUCUGUGACACAAUGUGCUGGUUAUAUUUUUUUUUUUUUUGAUAAUUUAGGUUUAUAUGCCUUAGGAAUGAAAAUAUGUUUAAAUACUUUUCUGGGUACUCAGAGUCGAAUCUGGGUCUUCCCGAGACAACAGAGGAUAAACAUAUCCCUAAUUGUGCUCGUGCUGGUUAUAUUUUUGAUUUUGAAAUCAUUUGAUAAUCUGAAAUUUUUAGUAAUGAGCUUGUUUAACUCCCCGGCAUACUUAAAACGGGUACUUUUUGGAUUGAAUAAGAAGUUGCCUUUUGCACGGUGCCGAUAUUAAGACUAUUGAUCACGAUUGGAGGAAUUAGUUUUAUUUGAACAAUGGCUUCCUCUAAAUUUGAAGUAGCGAUAUUUUGUAAGGUGAGAUUGUGAUUUUGUAAAAUUGCAGUGAUGAGGCUGUUAACAUAUAAGUUGAACCAACUCUGUGUUGGUUCAUCCAUGAAAUACCUUUGUUACGCUUGGCUUCUGAGCUUUUUCUAAUGAUAUUAGCUUGAUAAUUUUUCUUUUGACAUUUUAUGAUGAUUUGCUUUCAGUAUGGUAGUCAUUCAAGGUUCAGAUUGGGUGUGUUUGGUCCGGCUUAAAAAGCCCGGUUUCAGAGUUUAUAAAUUAGAAGUAUUUAUUUGUACAAUGUGUAAAAAAUCACAUAUAAGUGUUAACAUGUUUCUAACAUUUGUUUGAUGAAUCUGCUUAUAAAUGUUAACAUGUUUUCAACUUUUAUUUCACUUCAAACUUUAAACAAUGAGCAUUUAUUUUAAAUUAAUUCAAACGGUCUUAAUAUUUUAUUUGUAUUUUUGUAGCAUUGUGUUGGAUAUUGUUCCCUUUUGAUAAUUUUCUCAAGUACUUGAAUAUCAUGACAUGAUAGAUUACCUCUAACAUAUACCAGAGCAAGAGACUUGCAAUUGGAAAACCAAAACAAGCAUUUUCUUCAGGACAAGUCCCUUUGCGCUUGCUGCAACAAGCAUUUUCUUCAGGACAAGUCCCUUUGCGCUUGCUGCGGGCGCAAACAAAAAUCUUUGCAAGUUAAAGAACCAAUUUGCUCCAAUCUUACAAAACUAGCAAGCAGGGCAAGAUUAUCAGCAUGUUACAUAUUUGUGCCGUAUAAACGUGACUAGCAUAUUAGAUUAAAUUAUAUUUUUAUUUAUUAUAUUUUUAAGGUUUGAUUUUAAUUUAAUUGAAUUUUUAAUUCUAUUAUACCUACAAAUCUACGUGAUUGAUUCGUAAUUUAAUUACAUAAUCAAUUUAAAAAUUAUUUCAUUUUCAGAAUUAUUUAUAAUAUUUAAUAUUAAAUUAAAUAUAUUUUAUAAUAAUAAUUUUAUCAAUUUAAAAUAUUAAAAAUAAUAUAACAUCAAUGAAUUUAGAGAUAUCUCCACUUGAUAGAGGUUGAAAUAAUUUUUAAUAAAAGAAUUACUAAAGCUCAGAAAUAUAAAAGCCCAGUUAAUAAAAAGCUGAAAUAUUAAUUAAUUUCAUAAUUAAUUAAUAUGAGAUAAAAAAAAGGUGUUAUUUUACAUCAACUGUGAGAAAGAUUGUAGAGGGGGGGUUGAAAUAAUUAAAACAGAAAAACACCAAGUACUAAAAAUACGGGUGGAUUGAAUGAUCCACUCAUGAAAUUUUUUAUAUUGAAGAAUCUGUGGAUUGAUGACAAUUCGUACAGCCGCUGGUUAAUCACUUGAAUGGUUUCUAACUCUCAAAUUUUUCUCUCAAGUAUUCGAACACAUUCAACUGAUGAUACUAACUUGGUUAUAUACUCCAAAUUUUACAAAACUUUUUAACUAGAAUACAAAUUAUGCACUCUAAUCUAAACUAUGCUGCACAUUUUUGUCUUAUGCAUGCUUUCUGUGUUGUCUUCAUCUUUGACCAUCAUCUUGAUUUGAUCCAGAUUGCAUUGCAUGAGAUAAGAAUGUUUCUGGUUCUUCUUUAUUGUCCUAAUCAGGCUUCCAUGUCUAUUUUAGUGUAAUUCGAUCCAAUAAACAGCUUCUGGCCUUCUCUGUAGAUAAUAGCAAAAUGAGCUUUUAAAGCCUCAUCUGUAGAAUCUUUGUAGCUCUUGAUUUCUUGGCCCAGAAGCUUGUAUUCACUUUUGUCAGGCCUGGCUGGAGGAAAAUAGAUUGAGCUUGAAUUUUUGCCAGGCCUUGAAUAACCACAGCUGUUAGGAGAUAGGAUGGCCUUGAAUUCAUUCAGGCUGGAUGGCUCACCUUUCUCUUUCUUUGAAGGAAUAACAAUCUCAGGUGUGAUUACCCUGAGAAUUGUUGUUGUGGUUGGAAAAGAGGUUGGAAGUUGUGGCUGUAGAUGUUGACUUUGAAGAAUGUUUUGCCAACAACUGGUCUAACCUCUCCCUUAUUGAAUCCCUUUUGCUCCUUGCUUUGAGCUCAUUUACAGUGAAAUAGGGAGGUGGAAUUCUUGCUACCAACUCUGCAGGUGAUGGUAAGGGUGCUUUCUCCCCCUUUUUGUUUUCAUCAAGUGCAGGUGGUCUAGGUACAUUGAAACCUGAUGCCAUGAGAAGAUGCUGUAGAAGAUCAGUUUGAAUUCUUUGGUGUUGCAGCAUCUCAUGCAUCCUUGCAUCCAGAACAUUUACUCUAUCCUCCAGAGUAUCUAACUUACUUUCCAGCUUAAAAUAACCACCAACCUUCUGACCCUUAUACCGCCGCUACUCAUCGGUUCCUCAUCUAGCGGAACAUGCCGCCCGACCACCUUAGUCGGGAAGACUUUCGACACAAGCCGUCCAAGACCUCCAAUCGUAGUUCUGGAGCCUCCCACAUCACACAAUUUCAGCCUACAACCCUGGAAUCAACUUCUUAACUAUCGGCUUGGAUACCACUCAUCUCUGGUAUGAAAUGCGAUUUCUCAAGCACAUGUUGAUCAUAAUAUGUCUUAAGUUUGACACAUUUCUGUCAUCAUGGGAAUGGAUACACAAUCUGCAUACUAUGUUUGCUUUGGAUUCAUGGACAGGUUCAUGUUGCAAGUGAAUAACGUUGGUGAAUUUUUCCUCCAUAGCCUUAGACAAGCAUAAGUCCCGGAUAAGACCAUGAACACGACAUUUGUACUUCAUCCAGUAAUCUCUUUCUGUUUUAGUUGGUUUGAAUUGAACAAGAUUUCGAUGUACUAAUUCAUCCAGAUAGCAUUCCACUACAUCUAUUUUGUUUCAAAAUUCACUCCAUGGUUGAUAGUACGGAGAACAACAUGAGUGAGAGUUUUAAUAGCUGGAUACUCAGGGCCAGGCAGGCACGGAGCCAUACUGGGGGCAAUGGGGGUACUUGCCCCCAGCAGGCUUCUUAGUGUUUAGUAUUUUCAAUAUAAAAUAUUUCAAAAUUUAAGGCUUGCCCCCACGGUUCAAGCAUAGGACAUUCAGUUAAUUAACCAGGGUUUGAUUCCCUCUUGCACCAGUUUGUUUGCAGGCCCAGCACGUGCUGAUCAAAAACAGAAGAGAAAAUAAAAAUAGCAAACCCCCCUGUCCUAGCUCAAAUCAAAAGAACUCUUGACUCUCAAUUGUUGUUGCCUCUUUUAUCUAUAUUAAGGUUAGUAACUCUAAUUUCAUUUUUUUCAUAUCAUUUUUAGAUUGUCGCCUUGUUGGUAUAUUAUUGAAUUUAUAUGUUGAAUUUGUAGUGGAUAAUAGGUUUGAGAUAAUCAAGAUAUACUUGCCUUUUUCUAUAUUAAAUUGUGAAAUGCUUGGUUCUAAUUAAAAACUCAUAUUUGAUGAAUUUUAGGGUUUGAACAUAAUUAGCUAUGGACAAGUUUCUUGUUAGGAGAACACCAUUUGUUGUUGAACAACCAAUUAAUAAUGAUCCUAAUACAAGAGAUGAGCCGCGUCCUUCAAAACAACCUCGUAUAGAAAUUGAUUUAAAUAAUCUUUUAUCGGAUCCCGGGUUAAGAAAAAACAUUCUCGAAUAUCAUCCAAAUGAUCAAGAUCAGAUACGAAGAUUUUAUCUUCAAAAAGGACCUUGUCAACCAAAGGAUCAUGAUUUUCCACAAAGAAUAAUUGGAUUGAUAUUGAGACGAUUUGUUCCUUUUUAGUUUGAUGAUUAUAGCGCUUGGUUGGAAUAUAGUACUUCAAAAGAUGCGGCAUUUUGUCUAUGUUGUUAUCUAUAUAAAUCGAAGAUUGGAGAAAAACCAAGUGGAGAUAGUUUUACCAUUGAUGGAUUUACAAAUUGGAAAAAGAAAGAGAGAUUUGAUUCUCAUGUUCGAAAACAUAAUAGUGCUCAUAAUCUUGCUUGGAAGAAAUGUCAAGACUUGAUGAAUCAAGAACAACACAUUGAAGUAGCCUUUGAGACACAUUCAACUCAAGCUCGAAAAGAAUACUGAAUGCGUCUAACGGCAACAAUUGAUUGUAUUCUAUUUCUUUUACAUCAAGGACUAGCUUUUUGAGGAAAUGAUGAGUCUCCGGAUUCGGUUAAUCAAAGAAAAUUUCUACAAUUAUUAAAGUUUCUUUCCGAGCAUGAUGAAACAAUUAAAAAAGUUAUUUUAGAAAAUGCUCCGGGUAACUCCAAGCUUACCGCUCCUUAAAUUCAAAAGGAUAUAGUACAUGUUGCUUCCGGGAAACUACUAAAGCUAUCAUUAAUGAUGAAUUAUUUUCAAUCUUAAUUGAUGAAUCUCGUGAUAUAGGGGUGAAGGAGCAAAUGGCUAUGAUAUUACGUUAUGUGAAUUCAAAAGGAUGUGUAAUUGAGCGCUUUCUUGGUAUUGUAAAUGUAAGUGAUACAACUUCCUUAUCACUUAAGUUGGCAAUGGAAGGACUUUUUUCAAAGUAUGAUUUAAGUAUAUCAAGUUUACGUGGGCAAGGCUAUGACAGAGCAAGUAAUAUGCGUGGUGAGUUUAAUGGAUUAAUAGCAUUAAUCUUGAAAGAGAAUCCUUCCGCAUAUUAUGUCAAUUGUUUUGCUCAUCAAUUACAAUUGGCCUUAGUUGUCGUGGUAAAAAAUCAUUCUUGUGUUGCUUUGUUGUUUAAUGUGGUUUCUAACUUAUCAAUUAUUGUGGGCGCUUCUCGCAAGAGAAGAGAUCUUCUACGUGAGACACAAUAUAAUAAAGUUAUUGAAGCAAUACAAAACAGAGACAUUCAAAGUGGUACGGGUUCGCAUCAAGAAAGUUCUCUUCAACGACCCGGGGAUACACGAUGGAGUUCUCAUUAUGUUUCCUUAGUAAGCUUGAUCACUAUGUUUUCUUCAAUUAUUUAUGUGCUUGAUGUGAUUGUCGAGGAUGGUACGAAUUCGGAACAAAACGGCCAAGCUUGUGCUUUACUUGCUCUAAUACAAUCAUUUGAGUUUGUUUUUGACUUACAUUUGAUGAAAAGGUUAUUGGCACUAACAAAUGAUUUGUCACAAGCAUUGCAAAUAAAAGAUCAAGAUAUCAUCAAUGCAAUAGGCUUGGUCAAGAUUUCCAAGCAACGACUCCAAGAAAUGAGAGAUUGCGGGUGGGAUUCUUUGCUUAUUGAAGUGUCUUCUUUUUGUGAGAAAAAUAAUAUCAAUGUCCCAAAGAUGGAUGAAAAGUUUGUGGAUAAAGGAAGAUCACGAAGAAAUUCUCAAAAUAUUAUGAACUUGCAUCAUUAUAAAGUGGAGUCCUUUUUUAUCACCGUUGACAUGCAACUUCGAGAACUAAACAACCGUUUCACGGAGACAAAUUCAGAGUUACUUCUUUGCAUCGCUUGUUUAAAUCCUAUGGACUCUUUCGCGGCAUUUGAUAAGCAAAAAUUGAUUCGGCUUGCUCAAUUCUAUCCUUAUGAAUUUUAAAGGGUUCAAAUUGCUAUACUUGAAGAUCAAUUGGAAACUUAUAUUUUUGAUAUGAGAUCCGACAAUCGAUUCCCAAAAUUUCAAGGCAUUGGUGAUCUUUCCAAGACUUUAGUUGAAACAAGGAAGAAUGUUCUCUAUCCUCUAGUUUAUUUGUUAGUGAAAUUAGCUCUAAGUUUUCCGGUUGCAACGGCAUCGGUAGAACGAGUAUUUUCGGCUAUGAAUUUGGUGAAGACUGGACCACAUAAUCGUUUAGGAGAUACUUUUUAAAAUGAUUGUUUAGUUUCCUAUAUUGAGAGGGAAAUUUUUGAUAGCAUUGAUAAUGAGACAAUCAUUCAAGGCUCUCAAAAUAUGAAUUCUUGUAGGGAACAAUUAUGAAAUGUAUUGAAUAUAAUAUUAUUAUAUUUUGAUAUUAUAUACUCUGCCUCCAUGACGUUAAAAUCCUAGAUAAGUCCCUCGGGCCAGGUAUAUGUCUCUAAUGGAAAUGUUAAUUGAGAUACAUGAUUUGCUGAUGACCCAGAUGCAUGAUAAAAGAGAUGCUAUGAAGAAUUUUGAUUGCAUAAUUGUUCCUAAAAUGAAAAAAAAAAUAUUAGAUGAGGCUAUAAAAGAUAGUGUAGGUUUUAGUGUUUUGUGGGAUGGAAGGGAUAAAUAUGUAGUCAAAGGAAUGAGACUUCUUGUGAAGUAAGUUUUAAUAACAGAACUUGCUCAUGUAGGGUGUGGGAAUUAACUGGUGUACCUUGUUGUCAUGGUGUCACAGCUAUCCAACAUUCUAGACAAAACCGAGUUGAUUUUGUAGCUCACUGGUUCACCAAAGAAACUUAUAUGAAAUGUUAUUCAAAUUGUAUUGAAGUUAUUAGAGGGGAAGAAUUUUGGGAUGAUGUGAUUGGUGAUAAUGUUUUACCACCUUUAAUGGUGAAAAAACUUAAUGGCGGGCCAAAAAAUUAUGGGAGGAGGGAGGGAUGCGAAAGAGGGAGAGGGACUGUUUGUGGUGGAAAAUAUAAAAGAAUGAGUUACGCAGGCAGAGUAAUGCAUUGUGGAUACUGUAGAAAAGAGGGUCACAAAAUUAAUGUUGUCCUGGUAAGCCUCAUGAUUAUGUGCCUUCAAAGAAGGGUGGAAAGAAGGGAGACCAAAGAAGGUGAUGAUUGAACAGUUUGAUGAGACACAGGUUGAACUUCAGCUACAGCAAAAAGAGGAUGCAACUGGUGAAGAUUUGAUGAUGGUAGAACUGCUAUAUCAAAUGGAAAAUGCAGCUGAUACACAAAAUGAGUCAGUACCUAUUUUAUAUGAUGAUGUUGAGAUGCAACCAACAGCUACAAUGCUACUUAUGCCUACACCUGGAACUACAACUCCACUCAAUGUUGUUGUAGAAAAAAUAAAAAAAGGGAGGAAAGCAUGUGGUGCAAGUCAGUUGUCUAAUUCACAAACAGGGACAAAAAGAAGUGGGAGACUCUUAAAGAAAGUGCAAAAGUUCACACCUCCAAGAACAGUUAGAAAAUGAAUUUCAUUUUCUAUUCUAAAGCAAUAGUAGUUUAUUAAUGUCUGAUCAUGUUACAAGCUUAUUUAAGCCUCGUAUUUAAAGUGGAACAAGUACAUAUGGUCAUGAAACUGGACAAAUUUUGGGUCCCCCAGAGACUACAGUGACAUUUGCUCUAGUUUAGUGUUGUCCCCAACGUAGGCUUUUUGUUCAUUAACAGUGUGCCUCCUGUCAUGUCACUCUCUUUGUUCAUUAAAUCAUGUUUUCCAAUC